AGUAUUACUUACACUGAUCACAACAGAUUGCUAUAGUGUAUCUCUUCAGAGGACACUAGCAGGGAUGUUAACAUGCCGAAGCUUUUGUUUUCAAAGAUUCGAUUUUAUGAAAUAAAGGACAUAAUGCCGAAUAUGAAGCGGCCCAGAAGGAUUGAUAUUGUACUUAAUCGUAAGAGGCGUAAGAACGACAUCCAGUGCCUCAAAGUACAAAAAAUACAUGCUGAGACAUAUCCUUCCAACCUCAGUAGGCAGACUGAUCAUAAACUCCAUUUGACUCUGGAAAGCUUGCUAAAGGAUAAAAAGCAUCUAGCGGCCUUCCGUUCUUUUCUAAAGUCUGAGUUCAGUGAGGAAAACAUUGAGUUCUGGCUGGCGUGUGAAGCCUUCAGGUUGACUGUCUCGCCAGAUGACCUUCGCCAGAAAGCAGAGGAGAUCUACCAGGAGUUCAUCCAGCCUACAGCCUGCAGAGAGGUUAAUGUAGACCACCAUGUUAGAGAGAAAAUCAAGAAGUCACUGGAGAAACCAAGCCGGUCCUGCUUUGACGAGGCCCAGAAACACAUUUACCUGCUGAUGGAAAGAGACUCUUGCCCCCGGUUCCUGCACUCAGAUGCGUACCUCAGUCUAAAGCGCAAAUCUAGGAGUCUGUGGUACAUUUAGCCGAGAAAGAAAGUCCCGGCUACAGCUCAUUUAAUCCCUUCUAUUCGGCUGAAACGAAAAGCUAUUUGACACGGUAGCUACAAGAGGUGACGCUGGAAAACUGAACAGAAAACUGUUUUCUUUUCAAGGCAGAUGAUUUCUUACCUGCUCUAAAUCAAAACUAAAAUGAUGUUUUCUAAAAUGUGCAGUGCCAGUCUUUUUUUUAAAUAUAAUGGUGAAAUGAUGUAUUGAUGAAAUGCUGUGGGUAGAAAUAAAGAAGGGCAAAUGCCACAAGAGAAAAGCAAUGCAAGUGGAGUUGUGGGCAUAGAGGACAGAGAAUGUUGCUGGUAUGUGUCAGUACUUUGGAUGAUUGUACAGAGUCCAGGGUUGUUUGAAAUGCUGUAUGUGUUAACAGAAAGACUCAGUAAGUCAAUGUGCAGUGUGCUGAAUGAUAGAUGGCAAAACAGUGACAAAUAAAUGGCUUCUGAUA